CAUGAGGAAGUUUAAAUCAGAAGCAAAGUCUGGAAGCUUCAAGAGGACACAACAGCCCAUUCUGGAAAUCUCCAAAUCAGUAAAUCUAAAAACACCUCAAUCCAACUUGCAUCGGCGUCUUUCCAUGACAGCCGUCCCACUGCUGCAGACGAUGGACCAAAGGAAACUCAGCAAGGAGAGACCAGACAGAACGAUGACGACGGAAACCUGGACUAUCACAUCGGCCUGGUGUUGGGAGACCGAUGUACACCGCACUGAUUUUCACUUUUGAAAUAUUUCUUUUGUAGUUUCAAUCUGACUGUAUGAACUUGAAAUACAAGUUCAAGUUCAUACACUCAUGAUGCAUCCUGUCCAUUAAUGGCAUCAUGAUUUGGGGUAAAAUGCCUCAAGAUUUUCAGAUACAUGAAGGAAAACUUGAAUUAGAAAUGAUGAAAAGCAAACAUAAACUUACACAAAAUAAAUGGAUAACAUAGACAUGCAUUGGAGAGGAAUAGAGUGUAUAAUAGCUGUUGUGGAGAAACAAACUGAAUCAACAAGAUAAAUAUCAGCUUGCCAUGCUCAAGAGAGACUCUUAAAAUGGAAACUUUAAAAAAACAUUAUAAACUAAAAUUCUCUGGUUGUUCUUACCAGAUGAAAUUUCUUCCACGCUGGGAGAAGGAGCUUUUGGGAAAGUAGUGGAGUGUAUUGACAGAUACAGGUAAGCAUGCAAUGCUGAUCAGGGCUCAAUGCUAAUCAUCCAAACGUGUCUUACUUAGUCGCAUUCGCUUAGACCAGAAGAAAUGAACGCUUAUAUAUUUCUGUCAUUUUGAAUGUGCACACUUUCCACAGAGGUCAGAGUGUGGCUGUAAAAAUUGUGAAGAAGUUUGAAAGUUUCUGUAAAGUUGCGAAAUCAGAGAUCGCCGUGCUUGAGGAGAUCAACAGCCUGGAUGACGACAACAGAUUGUGAGGAACUUACUUUGAACCAGUUGGUUUAUUUUCUGUUUUAGAGUCAAACUAGGCAUUUAAGGAAGUGACUUUUAGACAACUGAGUCCUUCAGUCAUAAAUGUAUGUUAAGUCCUGGUGUAUUUCUCUGUGCUGGUAGCCCCUGUGUGAGGAUGUUGGACUGGUUUGAGUAUAAAUCCCACAUCUGCAUUGUUCUGGAGCGUCUCGGUCCCAACACCUUCGACUUCCUUCGACAGAACGACUUCGUCCCUUUCAGUGUGGAGCAGAUCCGACACGUAGCUUUCCAGAUCUUCAGAGCAGUCAGCUUUCUGCACCGUAACAGGCUGACCCACACAGACCUGAAGCCUGAGAACAUUCUGUUCGUCAGCUGUGACUGCGACACGGAGAACAGCCAGCAGACGCACACAAAACCAAGAAGUCUUGACAUAAAGGUUGUGGAUUUUGGCACCGCUACCUUUGACCACCAACACCACGAGAGUCUGGUGUCGACACGGCACUACAGAGCACCAGAGGUCAUACUGGAUCUGGGCUGGAACCAGUCAUGUGAUGUGUGGAGUCUGGGCUGCGUUCUCAUCGAGUAUUACCUCGGACGAACACUGUUCCCUAGUCAUGACUGUAGAGAACAUCUGGCCAUGAUGGAGAGAGUCCUGGGACCAAUUCCACCCCGUCUUCUGAAACAGACCAGGAAGAAGAAGUUUGUUAAAAAUGAGCGUUUGAACUGGAAUGAUGCGAGUUCCUCUGAAGAUGAUAUCCGGAAACACUGCCAACCUCUGAUGCAAUACAUGAGAACAAACAGUGAGGAGGAGAAGCAGCUGUUCGACUUGCUGGGCUGCAUGUUAGAGUACGACGUCAGCAGGCGGAUCACUUUGGAAGAAGCGCUGUGGCAUCCGUUCUUCUGCCCACUGAGAACACAGCAGCAACCGCAGCAGCAACCAGAGCAGCAACCGCAGCAGCAACCGCAGCAGCAACCAGAGCAGCAACUGCAGCAGCAACCGCAGCAGCAACCAGAGCAGCAACUGCAGCAGCAAGCGCAGCAACAACCGCAGCAGCAACCGCAGCAACAACCGGAGCAGCAACCGCAGCAGCAACUGGAGCAGCAACUGCAGCAGCAACUGCAGCAACAACCGCAGUGAAGCUAACGAGACCCCAGCUAUGUGGUUUUGUUGUGUUUGUAAGAGCAUUCCUGUUUCUAUUGCCCCGCAGCUGUUCCACAUUCAUUUAAUCAG